AUGACCAAACGCACCAAGAAGGUCGGAAUCACCGGUAAAUACGGUACUCGAUAUGGUGCCUCUCUGCGAAAACAGGUCAAAAAAAUGGAAAUCUCACAACACGCGAGGUACACCUGCCCCUUCUGUGGAAAGGACUCUGUGAAGAGACAAGCCGUCGGAAUUUGGUCGUGCGGGUCAUGCAGGAAAGUUAUUGCUGGAGGAGCCUGGAGUGUAUCAACGACAGCAGCUGCAACGGUCAGAUCCACUGUCCGUCGUCUGCGCGAACUUACAGAGGCAUAG